AUGAUUGGGCCUGAAUACAAGUACCGGUACUUUCUACAAAUUCGCGAAGAGGGUCCCGCUGUCAUUCGUGAUGCUGCUAGUAGAUGUCGGGCUGCUCUUGUGGAAGAAGCCGAUGACGACGAUGAUGCGUCGGCAAUGCAUGCUACAGAGCCCUUUCCCGAUGGCGCGACCGUUGAUUCAGCCAUUACCAUUGACUGGGCCUUCGACCCUGGACAACUCACUACAACCUCACGUCUUCCAACCAUCCACGAAGAGGAAGCCUACCAUGAUGAGUCUGAUCCUUGGCCGGAGUUUGCUGGUCUCAACAUUCGAUGGCAGGUCCUUCAAAACAACGAGCGCUUAGUGUAUACUGCCCAUCAAAUGGCAAUUGCUCAAAACCGAGACAUUGCCAUAGCACCAAGCAACCAUGACGAUCAACAACAUCAAUUGCUGGAAACGGAGUUUGCUGGUCUCAACCUCCGAUCACAGGCCCUUCAAAACAACGAGCGCCUACCAAUGUACUGGUAUAGUGCCCUGGAAAUGAGCUGCUACAUUGUCAAUACUGCCAAGCAACUUUUUGAACGCUUGGGCCAAAAUCACUUUCAAUGCAUUCAGGCAAUUGCAAAUUCAAACCGAGACAUUGCCACAGCACCAAGCAACAAUGACGAUCAACAACAUCAAUUGGCAGAGUUUGCUCAAUCGCUGGCCCUUCAAAACAAUGAUUGGCGAGCAGAUACUGCCCUUCAAAUGAACUGCAACCUUGUCAAUACUGCCAAGCAAUUUUUGAACGGAUAG